AUGAACUCAAGCGGGGAGGCGAGGGCAGCGCUGCCUCAGCCACAAAACUUGCUCUUCAUUGAGCCUCACGUCUCUAAACAACUUCCAACAAAUGCUCCAGUCGGCGGCAAGUUAGGCCAGCAAGAGACCACACUGCCCCAUGUACAUUCCGAAGCUUCCGAGUACUAUGGUGGCAAUCAAGUCUGGAGCCGAGCGCGGACAUUCAGCAAUGCAGGCGUUUCUGGAGCGAACAAGACCAGACCGCUGCAGAUGGAAGGCGAGACAAUCAUGAGGAAUCGUCGACUCUCUCAUGAUGAGAUCACACCCUCCGCUCCCAGACGUUUUCUGAUCGAUGUAGAAGAGACAAUACGCAUUGUCUUAGAGCAGGAAGAUACAGAUCAGAACUUCCAAAUCUCCAUAUACGACUCGGGUCCGAAACUACUAUCUCUUGGUACGGCGAGCUCCAAUGCUCACAAGACAUUUGACAUCCGAGGUACAUACAUGCUGUCAAACCUGUUGCAAGAGCUCGCUCUCGCCCGCGAUUAUGGAAGAAAGCGCAUUGUGCUAGAUGAGGCACGCUUGGCGGAGAAUCCGGUGGACCGACUGUCUCGAAUGAUCAAAAACUCCUUCUGGAACGCCUUGACCAGACGAAUCGAUGCCCAAGGACUUGAAGUGGCUUGCGCGGAUCCGAAGAACCGCAGUCGCGAAAUGCGCGCCUUGAUCUACGUUCCAUAUGGGGAAGACGAGAUUGCAGAGUAUUACCGGAAAAUUGCUCGUGACAAACCAAAUCUGAACCUUUCAAUCCAAAUCUUGCCCGAAAAGUGCGACGAUCCCGCCUACGUUCAGACUCUGAAUGAAAAACCCGGCAUCUUGGCGCUCGCGAUGGGUCGCAAACAGGACCCGACCACCGGACAGACCCAGCUGGAGCCACUUCCUUUCGUGGUCCCGGGUGCAAGAUUCAACGAAAAAUAUGGCUGGGACAGCUAUUUCAUGGCUUUAGGGCUCUUGGUUGACGGAAAGCUCGAUCUCGCUCUCAGUAUCGUCGAGCAUUGCAUCUUCGAGAUCAGAUAUUAUAACAAGGUUCUCAACGGUAACAGAACCUACUAUCUAUGCCGUUCCCAACCACCUUUCCUCACGGAUUUGGCUCUCCAGCUUUUCAAUCAAUUGGACCGAAGCAAGCCUGAGCAGAACAAAGCGUGGCUCAAGCGGGCCAUUCAAUCCGCGAUCAAAGAAUAUCACGCCUAUUGGAUGGUCGAACCAGCCCUCGACAUCGAAUCUGGACUAUCACGCUAUCGCCCAGUCGGUCAGGGAAUACCUCCUGAAACUGAGGCUUCACACUUCACCCAUAUCUUGCAGCCAUUUGCUCAGCGACUUGGCAUCUCCGUCAAUGAAUACAUUGACGGCUACAACGAUAGAUCAAUUAUCGAGCCUGAACUUGACGAGUACUUCCAGCACGAUCGUGGCGUCCGAGAGUCUGGUCAUGAUACUACGUACAGGUUGGAGAAGAAGUGCGCGGACUUGGCAACGGUCGAUUUGAACUCUCUCCUCUACAAGUAUGAAAUGGACAUUGCUCAGGCCAUCGACCACGUCUUUGAUGGGGAACUGCUGCUUGAGGAAGAAUUUGAGCUGUCCCCGUGGCCCAUGACUGCAGACGCGUUCAAGAAGCCGCGAGUGUCCUCGACCUCCAAGAUUCAGACCAGUGCGAUGUGGCUCGAACGCGCACAGGCGCGUCAGGAUACGAUGGAUCGCUUGUGUUGGAACGAAGGAAUGGGGAUGUACUUUGAUUACGAUACGAAGACGCACAAGCAGACUCGUUACGAAUCUGUGACAUCUUUAUGGCCUCUGUGGGCUGGCUGUGCGUCGGAAGAGCAAGCACAUCAUAUCGUGACGCAAGCUCUGCCAAAGUUUGAGGUUGCUGGAGGUCUCGUAUCUGGAACAGAAGAAUCUCGAGGAGUGAUUUCCCUCGAUCGCCCAAAUCGUCAGUGGGACUAUCCCUAUGCCUGGCCUCCACAUCAGAUCAUGGCUUGGGUCGGUCUGGAGCGAUAUGGCUACCUCGAGCAUUCGGCUCGGCUUGCGUAUCGCUGGAUUUAUAUGAUGACUCUAUCUUUCGUCGACUUCAAUGGCAUUGUGCCGGAAAAGUUCGACGCUGUGGAAUUGAGUCACAUGGUUGACGCUGAAUACGGCAAUCAAGGGACUGAUUUCCGUUAUGUCCCUCGUGAGGGCUUCGGCUGGAUGAAUGCCGCCUAUCAAGUUGGGCUUCAGUGUCUCACCACGGGUAUGCGACGAGCAGUGGCCGCGUGUGUUCCGCCUUGGGUAUUCUUCCAGCUUCCCGCGCCAGAUUUCUCAUCGGCGAAGAAGAAGAGGGCAGAACGUGAGGUAAGGGAUAGAGAGGCGGCAGCCGCUGGACAGGGAGGCGAGCCGAAAAAGUCCAUACAUCACGAGCCACCCACACUCGAACAAAGUGUAGCCAUGUUGAAGUUGGAGGCGCAACGAUUCUGA